AUGCCGAUGAAGACGGCUCGAAGUUAUGCAUCUGUUGUGGCCGCCGGUGGUCACCCUGUCCCUGAGUGUAUUCAAACAAACCGAUCAGCUGAACGCACAGACAACAAUAGUGGACGUGUUGACAGUGGUGUUGACAACUGCAGUCUCUUACUUGAAGCCGUGAAAAUCAAGUUCGCCGACGUGUUGGGCACCACACUGGAUGAGGCAGCGGGAGUGAUGAAAGGUCCCAAGAUACACAUUCACCUGCGUCCGGACUUGAAGGUACGUCCACUCAGCGUGGCCAUGGCACGCCCGGUGCCCAAACACUUCGAGGGGAUGGCCACCAAGCUCAUUAGUGAGUUAAUAACAUCCGGCGUGCUUGUGCCAGAAACGGGGCCCACAGAAUGGUGUUCACCGGCACACUUUGUCCCCAAACCUGGGGGGCAGAAGCUGCGGUUGGUCACCGAUUACCGGCGGCUCAAUGAGGCUGUGAUCCGCACGGUGCACCCGUUUCCGGCCGCUGCGGAUCUCAUCAAGCGGAUUGAUCCCACCUCCAGGUACCGCUACUUGGGGGCCCCGAUGGGCCUCAAUACCUCAUCAGACGAAUUCUGUUGCCGAACGGAUAAGGCGGUCGAGGGGCUGCCCUGGCUGCUGAAGAUUGUGGACGACAUGCUGGUCCAAGCCCCCGAUCUGAAGACUCUCUUUGUACGUCUGGAAGAGGUUCUCAUGAGGUGUCGUCAGUCGGGCAUUAAGAUCUCCUUGAGCAAGCUAGAGCUUAACGUGGACCGCAAGACCAUCUAUCGUGUCAAGAAGUGUCUUCAAGAUGAGGAAUCCAUGGACAGGAAGCGUGGCGGUGGCAGGCUGGUCAAAAUCAAAAUACAAUCGACUGAGAUCAAGAACGCCGUGAUGGCCAACCCCACGAAGUCCAUCAGGUCCCAUGCAAUUGACUUGGGCGUGUCCAAGGACACCGUGAGCAAAGCCAUCAGAAUGGAAGGAGGAAAGUCCUUGGUGAUGAAGAAGAAACCCCUCCCCACACCACUUGUGAAAGAAAAGCAUCUUUUUUGUUUCAAAGGACUUUUGAACAACCUGAAGUCUGCUGCCGCCGGCUGA